ACAUUUGCUUCUGACACAACCGUGUUCACUAGCAACUGCACAAACAGACAACAUGGUGCAUCUGUCUGCUGAGGAGAAGGAGGCCGUCCUCGGCCUGUGGGGCAAAGUGAAUGUGGACGAAGUUGGUGGUGAGGCCCUGGGCAGGCUGCUGGUUGUCUACCCCUGGACUCAGAGGUUCUUCGAGUCCUUUGGGGACCUGUCCAAUGCCGAUGCCGUCAUGGGCAAUCCCAAGGUGAAGGCCCACGGCAAGAAGGUGCUCCAGUCCUUCAGUGACGGCCUGAAACAUCUCGACAACCUCAAGGGCACCUUUGCUAAGCUGAGCGAGCUGCACUGUGACCAGCUGCACGUGGAUCCUGAGAACUUCAGGCUCCUGGGCAACGUGAUAGUGGUUGUUCUGGCUCGCCGCCUUGGCCAUGACUUCAACCCGGAUGUGCAGGCUGCUUUUCAGAAGGUGGUGGCUGGUGUGGCCAAUGCCCUGGCCCACAAGUACCACUAA